CAAAAGAUGGCACAGAAGAUGAUUUUAUUUUCGAUUAUGAUUUUUUAAAUGAUGAAAAUGAUAAUCUAAAUGAUGAAGUGGUAUUUGAAGAUACCAUAUAUGAUGAGUUUGUUGCUGGUUAUGAAAAUACUUGGAAUUAA